AUGAAUAAGCAGCGCCUUCGUCUUAUUACCCAAGGGCUUAGCCCUGCAAGGUGGCGAUACACCUGCCUAUGUACCCAUAUGCAGCAGCCGCAGCAGCAACAGCAACUGCAGCAACAGCAGCAGCAGCAACAACUGCAGCAGCAGCAGCAGCAGCAAUUCACCUUCAACGACUACUACUACCCACAAGUGACCCUGCCUCCCCCUCCCCGUUGCAGCAUCGUGUGGGAUACACCCGACAGAGAACAUGUUCUUCUUAGUAAGGAAAGAUUAGAUCAAUUGCUGCUAGCAGAGAUAACGGAGUUUGCCUUACGACCUUCGCGUCCUCUUACCUUAGAGCAGAUAGCCUUCCUUAAUCAAUCGCAGCAGCAGCAGUACCAGCAGCAGCAGCAACAGCUGCAGCAACAGCAGGAGGAGGAGGAAGAGGAGGAGAGACAUGAGGAGGAGAGACAUGAUGAUGAGGAGCAGCAGCAACAGCAUGCUGAGGAAGACGAGAGAAGGGAUAGCUCUUCGUCUUCUUCUGCUGCUGCUGCUGCAUCUGCAUCUGCUGCUGCUCCUGCACCAGGUACACGUUCUCCUGGUACAUCAGGUAUUAGCAGCAACAGCAGAACCAGCAGCAGCAGCAGCAGCAGCAGCAGGAGUUGUCCUACAAAUGCUUCUUGUCGUGCUGUAUUAGCUGCUGAUGAAUUAGGUAAGGAAGGGAGUUAUAAGAAUAAGGGUACAAAAAGGGGGCCCCCCCCAUUUGGUUAUGAGCCUGAUUUAUUUUCGGGUCCUCCGGGGCCCUUGGGGCCCCAAGGGGGUCAUCAAGGGGGUCCUCAGGGGGCCCCUGGGGCCCCUCUUCAAUCCAUUUCGUUUGGGGAAUUCCUUCAUCACGAAUUACCCGUUCGCUUUGCUUCCCGCGUCAAGCAAUUGGAGGCCCUCCCUCUCUUCCAUACGGAGCCCUUAGUUAUGCACGUCCGUGGGGCUAUGUGGGUGUGUGAUGGAUGCGCGCCGCUGCAGCUUGUGAUCCUUUCCAGUCUAGCCACAAUCCUCUCUCUGCAGACACUGAGCGUCUCUGUCAUUCCCACUAUGGGCGCUGCCCACAGAUUAAAAUAUGGAACGUUAACGGGGCACACUUUGCGUCUGUCCCACAGUAUUUGUAUUAUAUUCUAUCGGAGCUAUUAA